CCGUGGCGGAGCGGCGAGGGAAAAACGCUACCGCUCGGCUGUCAGCGCGCCGACGAGAGGCGGCCCCCACGCGCCCUCCCUCGCACGCACACACACACACAGCCCGAGCCGCGCCGCUAUAUAUACGAGGCGGGCGCGCCCACGCGACAGACGGGCGCCGGCAGCAGCAGCGGCAACAGCAGCAGCAGCAGCAGCAGCACGCGCGACGCACCGACGAUGCAGCUCCUGGUGAAGGCGACGGCGCUGGUGGUGCUCCUGGUGGCCACGGCGGGUGCGGGGGCGGCGCCGGUGCACGACGGCGACCGCUGCCCGGACAAAUGCGACACGGCGCUGUGCCCCCGGUCGGAGGCGGCCUGCCCCCGGGGGCUGGUGCCCGACCCGUGCGCCUGCUGCCCCUCCGGGCUCUGCGGCCUCGAGGAGGGCGAGCGCUGCUUCGACCCUCGGGUCACGCCAAAGAAGUUCGACAGGUUCGGCCAGUGCGGCGACGGGCUCGUCUGCAAGUCCCGCCACGACCUCACCUUCCGGGAUGAGCCUGAGUCUCUGUGCAUGUGUAAAGAUUCACGUGAAGCAUGCGGGACAAAUAACAGGACAUAUGACUCCAUUUGUCAGUUGAAAGCAGAUGCUAGUAAAUUUGAAGAGCAACCCUCAAUUCGACUAAAACACUGGGGACCUUGUGAAAGUGCUCCAUGGAUCACUUCAGGACCUGAAGAUGUAGUAGUGCCAUUAAACUCUGGCUUAUCACUUGACUGUGAAGCUAAAGGUUAUCCGGUACCAUCUAUCCACUGGGAAUUCAAGGCUGAAAAUGGUUCUGUCAGGCUACUGCCAAGUGAUGACCUGUAUGUAGCAGUACAAGUACGUGGUGGUCCAGAAUCUUACAUGGAAACAUCAUGGGUGCAAAUUGUUGAUCUACGUAAAUCAGAUGCUGGGACAUACACCUGCAUUGCAGUCAAUUCUGAAGGAAUGGCCAGUGCUUCAGCAAAAGUUACAAUUCAUGGAUAGGAGAAGCUGAAGAAUAAACCAUCUAACAAAGUAAAAAAAAAAAAAAAAAAAGAAAGGAUUGCAAUAGACACUGUUGUGGUGACAAUAACUGCAUUUUAGUGUGUAUAACAGAAAUUGUAACACAUUUAGAACAACAGUUGUAUUAUGUCACUACAAUGUAUUGCUAUUAAUUUAGAAUGUACCUGACAAUAAUAUAUAUAGUCUUUAGUAUUAAUAAGAGUAAUACAGUAUGUUAACUUUCUGAUAAUGUGUUAAUUUUUAGUAAUGUUAAUGAAUAUGCGAAGGAAAGAAAUGAUUGUAAUAAAAUUUUUCAUUAUAAAAUUA